AUGUCCGAACAAUACUUUCUCUCCAUGAGCGACCAUUUCAUCGCAUGUACGGAGAUAGUCGCUCAGAUGGCCCGUUUUAUGAACGUUUUGAACUCCGCAUCGCUUCUUCCUCCCGAGUCCCGACCUGCACUAGAUUCUCUCGCCUUGAUAAUAGCGGCACGAGCUGAACAGCAGCUCGCAAAUAUGCGUCAGAUGAUCCAUUUACCACAGGAAAUUACCAUUGCCCUGGAGGGAGUGGCGAAGCAGUUUACUGAUACUGUUUCGCAACGAUGCGAUGUGAGUGAACGGGAUUUAAAGGCUUUGGCCUCGCUUCGGCGGCCGGAUUGA